UCACAAUUCGUAAGCGGUUAAGUGAAGACGUGGUCUAUCCGCCCAGCCCUAAGUGAUAAAAGAAUAUCGAAAAUUUGUAAAAAAAAAGAUUUGAAAAAAUUUUUACAGACAAAAAUUAAAACUCUUGAAUAUUAAAUUUGAUCAAAAAACUAUAUUUAAGAAAAAAUCACAACUAUUGAGUGUUAAAAAAAUUAAACAAAAUCAAAUGUUUUGAAAAAUUUUACCAUACCUAGUCACCUUCACCUAACCUUGUGGAUUAUUUACCAAAAUUUGGAUAUAUUUUUAUUUAAAAAGCUGUCUACCGCAAAAACAUUUCUCCAAGAUGUUGAAAUGGGCUGUAAAUGGUCCUCGCCAGACAUAUCUGCAAAGCAAUGAGCACCUCAACCAUAACAUACCCUCUGCGGAGCAAACACGUUUGACACAAGUUCAGCGUCGUCGUUUGAAGCGUAAAUCAUCGGAUGUAGGUUCGCUGAGGCCAAGGACCUCAUGGCAUGACAAAGAGAAUCAAUACACCUCAACCCCCUUGCACCCCACCUCCCGCAGUUUCAAUGAAAGUCCUUCGCGUAAACUCGACAGCCUUAAGGAUUUGAGUAACAUUGUGGCGGAGCCAUUGGCCUUUAAUUCGCCCAAGAGACUAUCGUUAGCCAAAACUCCCCCCAGUCUGCUGAAAACGCCAGAGCCUUGUUCGGCUGCAAAAUCUAAUAUGCCCACCAAUUAUGCCUCCACUUUACCAACCUUCGAUGUAGAAUACUCUCCCUGUGCUUUAAUUCCCGGUCCUCUGCUGGCCCUUCGAGGGGUUGGCAUACCGGAUUCCUAUUUUGAAAAGCCCCGCUAUAUAACCCCACAUCCUCAUCCCCAAGAUUCACCAAACUCCAAUGAAGAAACCCUGGAAACAAAGUCUUUUGUUAAGCCCAAGGAAUUAACUAUCCGUUACCCAACAUCAAUGGAAGAAUCCUCCCUCAGUUCCUCAAAAAUGGGUGAUGUUACAUUGGAACGCAUGAUUGAUGCCAUUUUAGAAAGCACUCGCAAGGACCGAAGACAACAAAAGGCCCACAAACACCAUGGCAAUGGCCAUCAUAAUAUGUCCCCCUCCUAUACGCCUGCAGAAGAUCCUGCCAGCGACCUCCACGAAGUCUGGGAUUCCGAGAAAGCCCGUUAUCGCCAAAAAGAACAAGAAUUUCGAGCAAAGCUUACCAAGAAGAGUUUAUUCAAUGAACGUGAGGUAUGCUCUCCCCGCCUGUCGCAAGAAGAAAUCGAUGCUGGCCAGCUAAGAAGGCAGGGUGGCGUGAGGCGAAAACGUAAACUCAAUCAAAUCAAGGCUAGUGUUAUCAGUUCCGCCCAAAAACUGCUGGGCAAAUCCGCACAUCAGCAAACUCCCCUUUUACAUUCCUACAACCUGCGUAAUGUCUUUGAAGCCGAACUAAUACAAGACGAAGUACAUCCCCAGAAACUUAUGCGCAAUGUCAGCCCUGACAGUGGUCACAAUUCUUCCAGCGAAUAUGAAGAGGAAGACAAUGAUUCCACAUUGGCCUGCCAGACAACCACAACCCUGGAAGAUACCAAAACCCUGGAUGCCACAAAAAGACGACUUAGUUUCUCUCUAACAAAAUUAAGCGAUAGUUGAGAGUUGAGUUUGGAUAGCCAGAUACCCUAAGUUGCAGAAUGCUUUCAAAGCAUAUACAAUAAUUUAUGUUUAUUGAUAAGUGGUGGUUUUAUGGAAACGAUUCAAAGAGUUGAAGACUU